GCUAUCAGCGCCUAUCAAUCGGCCAUAUCAGUGGAGGGGCACCAACAGAAAAAGGAAGCACGGACCCCUGGCCAACUUUUUUCCCACCUGCCGUGCAGCUGUACCCGCAGCCUGAUAGCCGCCACUUUCCACUUUGGGAGGCGUCUCUUUUGCUAUGAGCGCUGACAAGGUGCAGGAUUCCCACAGCCAAAAAAUCGCAAACCGCCGGCAGCGAGCAACGAAACACGAAUUUCCAGAGCUUCCCUCACCACCCAUUCAUUCUGUGGACUUGCAAGCCCAUCAGCUGCCUCGAUUUCCUGUGUCAGCGAUGAUGUGACCGUCCCGUCGCUUGCAAUCCCAUCAGCUCUUUUUUUGUCUCUAUCAACGUCCUGUCACUGCGACAUCCCAACGAUACCUAGACAGCCGCGCGCAGUGUGUGCCCUCCCACCUACCAAAUAAUAAUUCUCGACCGGUGAUUCAAGGUUAGCCUCGGCAGCACCCAACACGUUCCCAAGUGUCCCGGCACCCUUGCCGUCUGUUUGAUAAUGGAGGACGCCUUCAACCACCUCGGAAACCACCUUGUUUCCGACUCUGCCGCCACCAUUAAUGCCACCGCCGACGACUUCGACGAUGAAACCGAGAGCUUCCUGGGCGAUCUUAAGGAACACGGCUCCCCGACAAACGCCCUCCGUCGCCAUGAUGACAAUGACAACCAGGGCCCCGAAGACUUCCGCGAUGAUGACAGCAACUUCAGUGGCCCAAGAAACGAUGUAAACUCGAGAGGUCCAGAAGAGGAAAAGGAGCUGCCCGCUCACGCUUGCGCGUAUUGCGGCAUUCACUCCCCGUCCUGUGUGGUCAAGUGCAUUGCAAAGGAAUGCAACAAGUGGUUCUGCAGUGCUCGUGGUAAUUCGAGUUCCUCACAUAUUGUCAACCACCUUGUACGAGCCCGCCACAAGGAGGUUCAGCUUCAUCCCGAGUCAGCCCUUGGCGAUACCACCCUCGAAUGCUACAACUGCGGCAACAAGAAUGUCUUUAUGCUGGGCUUCAUCCCCGCCAAAUCCGAUACCGUUGUCGUUCUUUUGUGUCGCCAACCUUGCGCUGCUGGCAGUUCGGCCAAGGACAUGAGCUGGGAUGUUUCGCGAUGGCAACCCCUCAUCGAGGAUCGGUCCUUUCUCAACUGGAUUGUCUCCCCACCGACCGACGCCGAACAGCUUCGAGCUCGCCAUUUGACCCCGCCCAUGAUUGCGAAACUUGAGGAGAUGUGGAAAGAGGCUCCAAGUGCCACUGUCGCCGAUCUGGAGAAAGGAACCGGCGUAGACGACGAUCCGCAUCCCGUGCUCCUCAAGUACGAUGAUCCGUACCACUAUCAGAAUGUCUUUGGGCCCCUUGUGAAGAUGGAGUCGGACUAUGACAAGAAGCUCAAGGAAGCGCAGUCUGAGGACCAUCUCGUGGUUCGCUGGGAUAUGGGUCUGAAUAACAAGCACCUGGCCAGCUUUAUCCUGCCCAAGAUCGAAUCCGGCGAUGUCAAAUUGGCCGUGGGCGAUGAGAUGCGCAUCAAGUACAAGGGCGAACUUCGUGCCCCAUGGGAGGGUGUUGGAUAUGUUAUCAAGAUCCCCAACAACCAGUCGGACGAAGUUACCCUUGAGUUAAGAAAGGCGGCGAACGACAAAUCGGUCCCCACCGAAUGCACGCACAACUUCUCGGCCGACUAUGUCUGGAAGGCCACGUCCUACGACCGUAUGCAAUUCGCUAUGAAGACCUUCGCUGUGGAUGAGCUCAGUGUUUCUGGGUACAUUUUCCAUAAGUUGCUGGGCCACGAGGUAGCCGUUGCUCCCAUGAAGACGCAGAUGCCGAAGAGGUUCCACGUUCCAGGGUUGCCUGAGCUGAAUCACAGUCAGAUCACUGCCAUCAAGACUGUUCUGUCCACCCCUCUCAGUUUGAUCCAGGGGCCGCCAGGUACCGGAAAGACGGUCACCUCAGCCACCAUCAUCUACCAUCUUGCCAGAAUGAACAAUAGUCAGGUUCUCGUCUGCGCCCCCUCCAACGUUGCUGUCGAUCAGCUUUGCGAACGUAUUCACCGCACGGGUCUCAAGGUCGUUCGCUUGACAGCCAAGUCUCGUGAGGAUGUCGAAUCGUCCGUCAGCUUCUUGGCCCUCCACGAGCAGGUCCGCCUUUACAAGCAGAGCAGUGAGCUCACAAAUCUCAACAAGCUCAAGGCCGCCGCAGGUGAACUGUCUUCUCAGGACGAGAAGAGGUUCAAGCAACUGACUCGCCAGGCCGAGAGGGAGAUUCUCAACAGCGCUGAUGUCGUGUGCUGCACUUGCGUCGGUGCCGGCGACCCGAGACUGUCCAAAAUGAAGUUCCGAAACGUGCUGAUCGACGAGUCUACUCAGUCAGCUGAGCCCGAGUGCAUGAUUCCUCUUGUCCUCGGAUGCAAGCAGGUUGUUCUUGUUGGUGAUCACAAGCAGCUCGGCCCCGUCAUCAUGAACAAGAAGGCGGCCAAGGCUGGUCUUAACCAGUCUCUGUUCGAGAGGUUGGUCAAGCUCAACCUGGUGCCCAUUCGGCUCAACGUUCAGUAUCGUAUGCACCCUUGCCUUUCAGAAUUUCCUUCCAACAUGUUUUACGAAGGGUCGCUCCAGAACGGUGUCACCAUAACUGAGCGGCUUCGCAAGGAUGUCGACUUCCCCUGGCCUGUUGCUGAAACUCCGAUGAUGUUCUGGUCCAACUUGGGCAAUGAAGAAAUUUCGGCAUCCGGAACAUCUUACCUGAACCGCACCGAAGCUUCCAACGUGGAGAAGAUUGUUACUCGCUUCUUCAAGGCUGGUGUGAAGCCGUCUGAUAUCGGUGUCAUUACUCCGUACGAAGGCCAGCGCAGCUACAUUGUCAGCACCAUGCAGAAUACGGGCACUUUCAAAAAGGAGAGCUACAAGGAGGUCGAGGUUGCUUCGGUCGACGCUUUCCAGGGCCGUGAGAAGGACUUUAUCGUUCUUUCUUGCGUCCGUUCCAAUGACAACCAGGGCAUUGGUUUCUUGUCCGACCCUCGUCGUCUCAACGUCGCGCUCACUCGAGCCAAGUAUGGUCUUGUCAUCAUCGGCAACCCCAAGGUUCUGUCCAAGCAUGAGUUAUGGCAUCAUCUUCUUGUUCACUUUAAGGAUCGCAAGUGCUUGGUAGAAGGCCCUCUUACCAACCUUCAGACUUCCCUCAUCCAGUUCAGCCGGCCCAAGAUGAGCUUCCGUCCCCGCCACAACGCACAGGCCCAGCAUGUGUCUGGUGGUUUUACCAACGGCAGAGGUUAUGGCGGCGCUGUCAACGGCUCCCACCGCGAUUUCGACACUGGCUCGGUGCUUUCGUAUGCUAACGGUAUUCCGGAUGAUGUCUCGUCCAUUCACAGCUCUGCCUUGGGUGGCGCGGGCCUUACAUCGGCUUACCCUCAGAUGUUCUCCAACUUCCAUCCAGAGCAGUGGCCCGGCUUGCCCGGGGCCAACCAGGCUAGCCGUCCCGGGGCCAAGGGUCGUGCUCGCAUUGCUGAGAGUGUUGCUGGCGAGAGCGUUGCCAACAGCGAGUUUACGGAUGCGAGUGCGAGUGUUAUUGGUGGCAAGGGCGUCGGUCAGGGUGGUGCGAGCCUGGGAGCUGGUCUUAGCGAGGCUAUCAGCUCGGCUCGUCCUACCUCGUACAGCCGUAGCGACCGUCUCAAGCAGUACGUGGAGAGCGGCGGGCGCAGUCUCGGCUUGGGCAGCGGAUAUGGCCGUCGCUUCGAUGAUGACGAGAAGAGCGUCAGCACAGCGUUUGCUAGUCAAAUUGGGACAGGGUUCGACUGA